AUGAAUGAAAUUACAGUAAAUGAAGAUAAUUCACAAAUAAAUCAAUCUUAUACUAAAACAGAAACUGCGACGCUCUAUACAGGAAAGAAAUUUUCAAAUUGGGAGUUGUGCAAAGCUUUUUUAAAUAAAUGGGCAAAAAAGCAAGGUUUUCAUUUAAUUAAAAAUAAG